AUCGGUCAGUCUGUGGAUUGCAUUGUAUUCCGGAAAUCGAUGCAGCAAGCAAAUCACAGUGAGGAUGCCAUUUUCUACCCAGAGCAACUGCAGGCAAGCUUCGCUUCCUCAGUGGAUAAAUCAAAUGUUGUUCACAAACAGUAUUGAAAGCUCUGCGUUCAGGGAAUCUUAUACAUUCGAUCCACCCGAACCAUCACCUCAGGUGAUUACUAUACACCUAUCCUGGCUGGUUUACACAUCAGCGCAAUCCCCCUCGACCCAGACUCGCAUGGCUAACAAAGCCUUAGUCUUAUGCGAUGGUUAUGUCUUGCCUCAGCGCUCAGUGAUCAUCGUGUCCUCCCCUCGCACGCAAACUGACAAAGCACAUUGGGACGACGCGUAGAGCUUUGACGCAGUCGGCCCAUAUUCCGUUUGCGGUGGGUGUCCGAGGAUGUCCUGAGUCUCAAGUUGCCUUCUUGCACGACGAUCGAGUUGUGCUGACAUGUCUCUUUGGGA